AUGAGCUCAAGCUUCAAGUCCAAGAAACACCAAUGCCUCGUCUUGCUCAAGCUCUGUUCCUCAAUUAAACAUCUUUUACAGAUCCAUGGCCAAAUCAAUGUCUCCGCUCUCAAAGCUGAUAGCUUUAUCAUCAGCGAGCUUGUACGAGUUUCUUCACUAUCUAAAUCCAAAGACCUUACCUUUGCGCGAACCCUUCUGCUUCACUCUUCAGAUUCGACUCCUUCCACUUGGAACAUGCUAAGCAGAGGCUACUCUUCAAGUGAUUCUCCUGUAGAAUCGAUUUGGGUUUACUCUGAGAUGAAGAGACGGCGAAUCACACCUAACAAGCUCACUUUCCCUUUUCUUCUCAAGGCUUGCGCUUCCUUCUCCGGUCUCACGGCGGGGAGACAGAUCCAAGUCGAGGUUUUGAAACAUGGGUUUGACUCGGAUGUCUAUGUGGGUAACAAUCUGAUCCAUUUAUAUGGUACUUGUAAGAAAACUUCUGAUGCCAGAAAGGUGUUCGAUGAAAUGACUGAGAGAAACUCUGUUUCUUGGAACUCAAUCAUGACUGCUCUUGUUGAGAACGCUAAGUUCUAUUUGGCGAUUGAGUGCUUUGUGGAGAUGAUUUGUGAGAAGUUUUGUCCUGAUGAGACGACAAUGGUGGUUUUGCUCUCUGCUUGUGCUGAAAACUUGAGCUUGGGGAAGUUGGUGCAUUCGCAGGUGAUGGUUAGAGAGUUGGAGUUAAACUGUAGACUUGGCACUGCACUUGUGGACAUGUAUGCGAAAUCUGGUGGAUUGGAUUACGCUAGGUUCGUUUUCGAGAGAAUGUAUGAGAGAAAUGUUUGGACUUGGAGCGCGAUGAUUGUAGGAUUAGCACAGAAUGGAUUUGCAGAAGAAGCUCUUGGACUAUUCUCGAAGAUGACGUCGGUGAGAGCAAACUACGUGACGUUUCUCGGUGUUCUAUGCGCUUGUAGCCACGCGGGAUUGGUGGAGGAUGGUUACAGAUACUUCAAGGAGAUGGAGAGAACACACAAGAUCAAGCCGAUGAUGAUUCAUUACGGGGCGAUGGUAGAUAUCUUGGGACGUGCAGGUCGGUUAAACGAAGCGUAUGAGUUCAUAAAGAGAAUGCCUUUUGAGCCUGACGCUGUUGUUUGGAGGACUCUGCUCUCUGCUUGCAGUGUCCAUCACGAUGAAGAUGAGGAUGGAAUUGGAGAGAGAGUGAAGAAGAGGUUGAUUGAGUUGGAGCCGAAGAGGAGUGGGAAUUUGGUGAUUGUGGCGAAUAGGUUUGCGGAAGCGAGGAUGUGGGAAGAGGCAGCGGAAGUUAGGAGAGUGAUGAAGGAGAGUAAAGUGAAGAAGAUAGCUGGAGAGAGUUGUUUGGAGAUGGGAGGGUGUGUUUAUAGAUUCUUCUCAGGGUAUGAUCCUCGUCCUGAUUAUGUUUCCAUGUAUGAGUUGUUAGAUUUGUUCAAGUCUCACUUGACGAGUGAUGAUCAUUUGAUGUCUAGUGAUCCGAAUCCAUCUUGUUAA